AUGUCGAGGUUUUUCAGAGCAAGGCGGUUGCUACCGCCACUCGUCGUCGCUAGCGCGGCUGGCAGCGCCUUGUACUAUGUGUACCGGCCCCGGAACAUCCCGGGCUAUGAAGGCCCGGCGGUGCCACCCCCUAUCUGGGGCGCCGACGGCACUUUCAAGCUGCCUCGCUUCCCGCGCGUGAAGUCGCGCGCUGAGCAAAUUUCCGAACUCAAGAAGAGCAGUGCUGGAGACAAGGAGGAGGAAUACGACAUCCUGGUCAUUGGCGCGGGCGCAACAGGGUCAGGAGUCGCCCUUGAUGCUGCAACCCGCGGACUCAAGGUUGCUGUGGUGGAGCGCGGUGACUUCGCCUGCGGCACCAGCAGCAAGAGCACGAAGCUUGUCCACGGCGGUGUGCGCUACCUCGAGAAGGCCGUCUGGAACCUGGAUUAUGCCCAGUAUCAGCUCGUGAGGGAGGCGUUGAAAGAGCGCACCUACUUCCUGCAGACGGCGCCGCAUCUGAGCAGUUGGCUUCCCAUUAUGUUGCCGCUGGACCGCUGGUGGAAGAUUCCGUACUACUGGGCGGGUACCAAGUUCUACGACUUCCUUGCCGGGAGCGAGGGCAUCGAGAGCUCCUACUUUCUGACAAAGAGCAAGGCCAUCGACGCGUUUCCCAUGGUGAAGCAGAGCGACCUCGUCGGUGCGCUGGUCUACUACGACGGGGCCCACAACGACUCGAGGAUGAAUGUCUCGCUUGCCAUGACGGCAGCGCUGUAUGGCGCCACGGUGGUGAAUUACAUGGAGGUUACCGAUCUUUUGAAGGAUGAUAAUGGCAAACUGUGCGGUGCAACUGUUAGGGACAAGAUUCCUGAGAGGGACGGCAACGCAGCGGACAGCUUCAACAUCAAGGCCAAGUGCAUCAUCAACUGCACCGGUCCGUUCACCGACGGCAUCAGGAAGAUGGACGACCCCAACUGCAAGGAGAUCGUGGCGCCCGCCUCGGGCGUGCACGUCGUCCUCCCCGGUUACUACAGCCCCGGCAAGAUGGGCCUGAUCGACCCUGCGACGUCGGACGGGAGAGUUAUCUUCUUCUUGCCUUGGCAGGGCAACACAAUCGCAGGCACCACGGACGACCCCGCAACGGUCACCAACAAUCCUCUCCCGGACGAGAAGUCCAUCCAGUGGAUCCUCAACGAGAUCAGCCACUACCUGUCCCCUGACAUCAACGUCCGCCGCGGGGAUGUGCUGGCAGCCUGGUGUGGUCUGCGUCCGCUUGUGCGGGAUCCCAAAGCCAAAAACACCGAAUCCCUUGUCCGCAACCACCUCGUUGACAUCUCCGAAUCCGGCCUCCUGACCUGCGCAGGCGGCAAGUGGACUACGUACCGGCAAAUGGCCGAAGAAUGCGUCGACGCCGCCGUGGAGCACUUCAAGCUGCAGACCAAGCCCGUAGUUAACGCUCCCCGUGUGAGCGGUACCGAGAGCAUUGACGACGGCGCCAAUCUCAACGGCACAUGCCAGACGCACCGGGUGCGCCUCAUCGGCGCCCACGGCUUCAGCCGCACCCUCUUCAUCCACAUCAUCCAGCACUUUGGCGUCGAGACCGAGGUCGCCAAGCAUCUUACCGAGAGCUACGGCGACCGGGCCUGGACCGUCGCGGCUUUGUGCCGCCCAACGGACAAGCGGUUCCCCGCGCGCGGCGAGCGCAUCUCGCAGCUGUACCCGUUCGUCGACGGCGAGGUCCGGUACGCGUGCCGUCACGAGUAUGCACAGACGGCCGUGGACGUGCUGGCCAGGCGGACGAGGCUUGCGUUCCUGAACGCGCAGGCGGCGCUCGAGGCGCUGCCCAAGAUCAUCGACAUCAUGUCGCAGGAGCUUGGGUGGGAUCGCAAGAGGCAGGAUGCUGAGUGGAAGGACACCGUGGCCUUCCUCGAAUCAAUGGGCCUUCCCAAGCCUAUGCUCUCGGUCACACGUAAGCAAGUUGAACAGGGCAAGAUCGAUUUCAAGUCGUCGCUCGAGUACCGCAUGUAUUCAAGGCAUGAUAAGCCGAUCGAGGAGGAGCCAUAA